AUGGACGAGCCACAGGAGCCUCCUGCUGAAGACAGUCAUGCAUCUCGCCAAGGCUCACCGCCGCUGGGGCGCCGUUUAUCCAUAGACGAAGACUUGUUUUACCACCGCAUCAUGUCGGCCCCGCCACGACGCUCUUCACUACCGCCGCCUUAUCUGCCUAGCAAGUCUUCUUUGCAGGAUGCUGCUGAGUCCGCGCAAGGAAAUGUCAUGGUCCAGUCAAGCUCUGCUGCUGGCAACGUCUCGGAGGAGUUGCCAGGCUACUCCAACUCCGUUUUUCUGGAAGGCAUCUUCUCCAAAAAGCACGAAAUUGAGAACACCACAAAAAGAGCCGAGGACCGCCGUUGGCACAACGCUUUUGUGGUGCUCCACGGAACCGCUCUUCACGUCUAUCAUGUAAAGAAGGACUGGGGCUGGGGAAGAUCAAAAGACGGUCCAAGUAUAUGUCCCGACAACCCUCCCUGGGUGAAGAAGUCCAAGCUUGAAAAGACCUAUAGCUUGUUACAUGCAGAUGCUGGUAUUGCUGCCGAUUAUAAAAAGUGCGUUGCCCUCUUGAACAUUUCGAACCGACCCGCUAACAAAACGUUGAGACGACGCUACGUCAUUCGUAUACGAGCAGAGACUGACCAGUUUCUUCUUUCAUGCAUCGAGCUUAGCACCUUUGUCAAGUGGCUCGAAGCGCUGUUUGCCGCUAUUGAUAUUGCUGCUCCCAUCGAUGAGCGCGAGUUCCCUCGCGACAUGUCUAUUCCACGAGUUCAACGUAUCCGUUGGUUCCGCGGACAAUCACCUGUGCGGAUGCCAAGCCCUGCACGGACACAAGACUUCGAAGAGCCCCUGCAACCAACAACCUCUGCAGGGCGACGCAAUUCAUCUCCGCGACGCCUACGAAGCCCUACUAGUGACCAAGAGCCAGAGCUUCCUUCACGAGAUGCUACCGGUGGCUUUCCCAGACACGAAAUCGAACACGAAGUCGAACCCGCCCAAAACGCCAUUGACUCGGACUCGGAAGAAUCAGAAGAUGAAGAUGGUGGUUUUACUAGCAGAGGGCAUAGACUGGUACACCGACUGAGUACAACAUCCUACCACAACACGUCGAUAGACCCAUUCUCUGGCAAGUGGUUUCCAGAGCACAAGUGGUCCGAGGCGCAUGACAUGCUCUACGCCAAGCUAUGCUACAGCAACCUGCUGUUCCGGAGCCCGAGAAGAUCCAACUACAUUAUCAGCAAGGGGAAGCAGUGGUUUGUCGAUUGGGCCACCGGACGCAUGGUGCGGGUGCUGCCACCAGCCUACGGCGAAGACGUCUGCGGGCCGUGGCAGGCUGUACACACAGAAAACCCGCGCAUUUAA